AUGGCUCCCAAGAUAUACUAUGCUCCAAGAUACUAUUCAUACCCCAGUCUUGAUCUCUUGUCGAUUCUUUUCGAUCCCAAUCAAUAUGCCCUUUCACAGGAAGAUUCAAAGGUGCACAUAGACGCCGCCAACACGGCAAACUACAUCGACAAAAAGCACGCCAGGGUCUUGACCGAGAACUUUGCCCACAGCUUGCGCCACAUCUACGGCAUCGGGGCCGCGGGCCACUCCAAGGAUGUGGUCGUGGGCUUUUCGACGCUGCAGAUCUUGUUACCGAUUGCGUUCUACGGCACCAUCGCCGCUGGGGGCAUCUUUUCGUGUGCCAGCCAUGCCUUUACCCCCGCGGAACUGGCCAGACAGAUCAAACAGGGCGACGCAAAGCUGGUGAUUUGCAGUCCCGACCUCGCCACGGUCGCCAUCGACGCAGCGAAGGCUUGCGGCUUGGGCCUCGACCGCGUGCUCAUCCUAGACUCUACCUACCGUGCUUGGAGUUUCAAAUCGGCCGACGGCAAGGUUGACUGCUGGACGGAUAAACGCCUCACGUGGGAACGAAUCACCGAUCCGCAGGAGCUGGAGGACAGCAUCAUCAACUUGCUGUACUCGUCCGGCACGACUGGUGUACCCAAAGCUGUGAUGCUCUCACACAAGAUGAUGGUAUCUCAGAUCGUCAUCGCUUCCCAAGUAGCUCGAGAAUGGGCAAUUCCACGAAUCCUAACGGGCGAGUUGACCCCCACACCACUCCGAACAAUAGCCCAUCUGCCGGCUGCCCAUAUUGCCGGUGUGGCCGGCUACUUCGUCUCCCCUCUAUAUGCUGGCGGGGAGUGCUAUUGGAUGCGUAAGUACGAGUGGAAGAAAUUCAUCGAGUACAACAGACAGCACAGGAUCACGGCUUUUUUCACGGUGCCUGCCAUCUGGGCUCGAAUCGCCAAAUCCCCCGACGUCACGGACCAUUUUGACUCUUUGGAAAGCGGCCUUGGUGGUGCGGCGCCAAUGGAUGCCGAUCUCUGUAACGCGGCUGGUCAGCGAACAGGGAUUCAGAUGGGCGGGACAUACGGCAUGAGCGAGACUACUGGGUCCGUUUGCACCCUUCCUCGAGGAAUGUCGGAUAAUACCGGCAGUGUUGGGGUGAUGCAUCCAAAUACGAUGUUCAGGCUUGUCGACGACGACGGCAACGAUGUGCCUGAGGGACAACCUGGCGAAUUGUGGGUGAAAGGCCCCAUGGUGACAAAGGGUUAUUACAGAAAUCCCGAAGCUACCAAAGCGGCCUUUGUCGACGGUUGGUACUGCACCGGAGACAUUCUUCAGCAACGAAGCAACGGAUUGUGGUAUGUCACGGAUAGAAAGAAGGAGUUGAUCAAGUACAAGGGUAUUCAAGUGGCGCCAGCUGAGAUCGAGGGUCUCUUGAUCUCGCAUCCUUUAAUCGAAGAUGCGGCUGUGAUUGGCGUGCCCGGAGAAGGGACAGAAGUCCCUCGUGCCUACGUCGUUGCCGAUAAGAACAAGAUCUCGGAGGCAGAGAUCAAGGAGUUUGUGAAGAGCAGGACGGCGCCGUACAAGCAACUGCGAGGUGGUGUGGUAUAUCUCGAUCAGAUCCCCCGAAACGCGGUCGGCAAGAUUUUGCGGAAGGAUUUGAGGGAUAUGGCGAAGACGGAGUUUCGACCUAGGCUAUAG